AUGGAUUCUCAACCGGGUCUCUCGCUCGGGUUGAGCGCGUCGUCACCCGCGGCUCCUCUCAGUGACAACUCUGUUUCAUGGCGGUUUCGACACCCCAAAGAAGAAGAAGAGGAAGAAUACAACGGCGAGACAAUUAACUUCAUGGACCAGCGGGUGAAGAGGAAGAUAGAGGGACACCAACAACCCUGUUUUCCUUCGAAGCGUGUGGCGGUUGAUUCCUCGGUGGGGUGGUGGAACCAGCCCCUGGGAGUGGCGGACCCCGAGAUUUUCGAAAUCAUGGAGAAAGAGAAACGAAGACAGUUCAAGGGAAUAGAGUUGAUUGCUUCGGAGAACUUUGUGUGCAGGGCAGUGAUGGAAGCUUUAGGAAGCCAUUUAAGCAAUAAAUAUUCUGAGGGAAUGCCUGGGGCUAAGUACUACACAGGAAAUCAGUACAUUGAUGAGAUUGAGUUGCUUUGUUGCCAGCGUGCGUUGUUGGCCUUUGAUCUUCACCCUAAUAAUUGGGGUGUUAAUGUUCAACCCUAUUCUUGUACUUCUGCUAACUUUGCUGUGUACACUGGGAUGUUGCAUCCCGGGGAUAGGAUUAUGGGUCUGGAUUCACCCUCUGGGGGGCAUUUGAGUCAUGGGUAUUAUACUCAUGGGGGUAAGAAGGUUUCUGCUGCGUCUAUUUUCUUUGAGACUUUGCCUUAUAAAGUUAAUCCUCAGAGUGGUUACAUAGACUAUGAUAAGCUUGAGGAGAAAGCAAUGGAUUUUAGGCCUAAGAUACUUAUCUGUGGUGGGAGUUCGUACCCCAGGGAAUGGGAUUAUGCGAGGUUCAGACAGGUUGCUGAUAAGUGUGGGGCAGUGUUAAUGUGUGACAUGGCUCAUAUCAGUGGUCUUGUUGCGGCUAAGGAAGUAGCUAGUCCAUUUGAUUACUGUGAUAUUGUUACCUCAACUACUCACAAAAGUCUCCGAGGUCCAAGGGGAGGGAUCAUCUUUUAUAGAAGGGGGGCAAAACCGAGGAGGCAAGGUUUUGCUCUUAAUCAUGGAGAGGAUAAUAAUUAUGAUCUUGAAGAGAAAAUAAACUUUGCUUUGUAUCCAUCAUUACAAGGAGGCCCCCACAAUAAUCAUAUUGCUGCUCUGGCCAUAGCCUUAAAACAAGUUGCAACUCCAGAGUACAAAGCGUACAUGCAGCAGGUGAAGAGAAAUGCGCAGGCAUUAGCAUCUGCCUUGUUGAGAAGAAAUUUCAGAUUGGUAACUGGUGGGACUGACAAUCAUCUUUUGCUAUGGGAUCUUACAGCACUUGGUUUAAUCGACAGAAACUAUGAAAAGGUCUGCGAGGCGUGUCACAUCACUCUCAAUAAAUGUGCUAUUUAUGGUUCAAUUUCUCCUGGAGGAGUGAGAAUUGGUACUCCUGCAAUGACUUCAAGAGGCUGUUUAGAGGAAGAUUUUGAGACCAUAGCUGAUUUUCUUCUUAGGGCAGCUCAGAUUACCAGCAUUGUGCAAAGGGAACAUGGGAAAUCAUGCAAAGAUUUUCUCAAAGGUCUUGAGAAUAAUAAAGAUAUUUCUGAGCUCAGAAAUCGGGUUGAGACAUUCAGUUCCCAGUUUGCAAUGCCAGGAUUCGAUACUUGA